AUGUGCGGUAUCUUUGCGUGCCACCGUCACCCCGACGUUGAGAAAUUCAAGCCCACAGCCUUGAAGCUUGCCAAGGCUGUCAGGCACCGUGGCCCCGAUUGGAGCGGAAGCAUCAUCGCCAACAACACGAUCCUGUGCCAUGAGCGUCUCUGCAUUGUCGGCGUCGAGUCCGGCGCCCAGCCCCUGACGAGCACCGACGAGAACAUUGUCCUUGCUGUCAACGGCGAGAUCUACAACCACCGCCUCAUCCGCAAGCACCUCAAGCACUCAUACCACUUCAAGACCACCUCGGACUGCGAGGUUAUUAUCCCGCUGUAUAUGGAGUAUGGCCUCGACGCGCCGAAGCACCUCGACGGCAUGUUCUCGUUUGUCCUCUACGACAAGGAGCAGGACCGGACAGUUGCCGCCCGUGACCCCAUCGGCAUCACCACCUUCUACCAGGGCUGGAACUCCAAGCAGCCCGAGACUGUGUACUUCGCCUCUGAGCUGAAGUCCCUGCACCCCGUCUGCGACAAGAUCGAGGCCUUCCCUCCUGGACACAUUUACGACUCCAAGACCGGCAAGACGACGAGAUACUUUGAGCCUACCUGGUGGGAUGGCGAGCGCGUUCCCGAGAAGCCUCUCGACCUCAAGCUCCUGCGCGAGACCCUCGAGAAGUCUGUCAGGAAACGACUCAUGGCCGAGGUCCCCUACGGUGUUCUGCUGUCUGGUGGCCUCGACUCCAGUCUCGUGGCUUCGAUUGCCCAGAGGGAGAACCUGCGCCUGCAGAAGCUGGCGCUGGAGGCCAGCAACAGGGCCGCCGCCAAGGCUGAGGCUGCCAAGUCUGAGAACCCCGACGUGGGCGAGGGUCUCGUUGGUAUCGACGACGAGGAUGAGCUGUCGACUGUCACCUACCUUCCUCAACUCAACUCCUUCUCCAUCGGUCUCCCCGGCUCGCCCGACAACAAGGCCGCCCUCGAGGUGGCCAAGUUCCUUGGCACCAAGCACCAUGUUAUGACCUUCACCAUUGAGGACGGCCUCAACGCCCUCUCCGAUGUCAUCUACCACCUCGAGUCGUACGACGUCACCACUAUCCGCGCCUCUACCCCCAUGUACCUGCUGUCGCGCAAGAUCAAGGCCAUGGGUAUCAAGAUGGUGCUCAGUGGUGAGGGCAGCGACGAGGAGUUUGGCGGUUACCUUUACUUCCACGGCGCCCCGGACAAGAAGGCGCUCCACGAGGAGACGGUUCGCCGCGUCAAGAACCUGCACCUUUCUGACUGCCUGCGCGCCAACAAGUCGACGUCGGCGUGGGGUCUGGAGGCUCGCGUGCCCUUCCUGGACAAGGAGUUCCUUGAGGUUGCCAUGAACAUCGACCCUCAGGAGAAGAUGAUCACCAAGGAGAGGCUCGAGAAGUAUAUUGUCCGCAAGGCGUUUGACACCUCGGACGACCCCAGCGCGGAGCCUUACCUGCCCGAGAAGAUUCUCUGGAGGCAGAAGGAGCAGUUCUCCGAUGGUGUUGGAUACGGGUGGAUCGACGCGCUCAAGGACAACGCCGAGAAACACGUGACGGACGAGAUGAUGAAGAACCCCAAGCCCGAGUGGGGCAACGAUAUUCCCGACUCCAAGGAGGCGUACUGGUACCGCACCAUGUUCGACGAACACUUCCCCGCGUCGUGCGCGUCGACAGUCGUGAGGUGGACCCCUACCUGGUCCAAGCAGACCGACCCCAGCGGAAGAGCUAUUGCCAUCCACGAGCAAAAGUACGAGACUGCAUGA